AUCAGCCGAUCUCAGUCUUGCUCCUGUGUAGUGUGUGCGCGCGUGCGCGCGCGUGUUGUGUGUUGUAACUGUGCGCGUGGGUGAGCGCUCCGUAUUAUCCUAGCGCGUCUCUCACACGGAGACAGUUGGGCAGCUCUGGACCGAAGAUCUGAGACAGAGAGAGCAUCUAUCGUGCAUCUUACAUGGUUGUAGAAGGAAUAUUCGCUGCAGGAAAAGGAGCCACGUUUCAUCUGGUCGCAUUUUUGCCGCUGUAACCAUUGACUCAUACCUGGACUGCCAGCUAACCGUAACUAAAGAGGCCACCAUGAGCCAGGAGGGGCAGGAUGACCCCCUCCGCAUAGACACCCCACCUCCAAACACACCGGCAGAGUCACAGCAGGAUACAGACAGCCCUGAGAUUGUAAGUGUGGAAAAAGAGACAGACGAGAUUGGAACUCAAGGGGAUGCUGCAGAGAGCAGGGAUGCAGUAGCGAGAGAGAUAUUGUCCGAGGAAGCAAGGCCAAAUGAGAUAAAUAGAGAUGCACUGAUUAAUGGAGCUGAUGAAGUUCGAAGAAGAAAAGAGGAAGAGCAGGUCAAAGACGAUGCUGGAAAGAACGGGGAGACAGAACAUAGCAAUGGAGAUAUUAUUGAGAGUGAGGGCUGUGAUGAGCCCCUGCCACAGUUAGAGGAAUCAGCAAAACCACAGUACACUGUAAGUUUGCAGAACGGUACCGGAGAGGACAGCGAAGGACAGAAGGAAGAGCAAGACUGUAAAAAAGAGCCGGGGCAGGGGAACCUAGACACAUUUAGUUCUACCUUCGAGUUUUCAGUGGAGGAGGCAGAGGUGGAAGGAGAAGAUGAACCAGGACAGCUGAACCACGACAGCUUCAGCUCAGCGUUCGAACGCAUUGUCGAGCAAGUUGGCGAGUCCACAACAGUCGAGGAAGAGGAGGAGGACGGCGAGGACGAGCGUGACAGGACUAAGGAGAGCCAGGACGGCUUCAGCUCUACAUUCGAGCGCAUAGUGGAGUCAGAGCUGCUGAGGGGCGGGACCUGCUACAGCAGCCUGGACUCACUGGACGUGCUGUCUCUUACGGACGAGACAGACAGCUGCGUGAGCUUUGAAGCACCGCUCACGCCACUCAUCCAGCAGAGGGCAUUGGCUGGGCCUGAGCCCCCGGAACUGGAGCUGGAGACUGUGCAGGAGAGUGCUGAGACACAGGAGGAGGAGGGGGAUGAAGCCGGAUCAGACAGUCCCCUUCACACCUCCAUUCCAGGUAGCAGGUCUGAAAACGUGCUGAGCCAGCCAGCGCAGUGGAGCAUUCCCAAUGGAUUCCACAAUGAUCUGGCAGGGAACAUACAAAAGACAGCAAUCCUUCCCAGCUCAGUCAGUGAUGCCAAUCUCACAGAUGGCCUGUGCGACUCUGACUCUGAACUCGGCAGCCUGGAGACAUUGGAGAGGGGCAGCACGGAUACCCUUGCCAAUGGGUGCCGUGCCAAUGCAGAGAGUGCCAAGCGACUGGCUAGGAGGCUGUUCUACCUGGAGGGCUUCAAGCGGUGUGACGUGGCGCGACACCUAGGAAGGAAUAAUGAAUUCAGCCAGAUGGUGGCGUCAGAGUAUCUGAGCUUCUUCGACUUCACAGGGUUGUCUUUAGACAGAGCGCUGAGGAGCUUCUUGAAGGCAUUUCCUCUGAUGGGAGAGACACAGGAGCGAGAGCGAAUACUGGUGCACUUUUCCAAACGCUUCUGUCACUUUAAUCCAGAAUCCCCCACCUCUGAAGAUGGAGUCCAUACACUGACAUGUGCUCUUAUGCUUCUAAAUACAGACCUGCAUGGACAUAACAUCGGGAAAAAGAUGUCUUGUCAGCAAUUCAUCAGCAAUCUGGAUGGUCUGAAUGACGGAAAAGAUUUCCCCAAAGAUUCACUCAAGGUGCUGUAUAAUUCAAUAAAGAAUGAAAAGCUAGAAUGGGCCAUCGAGGAGGAGGAAUUAAGAAAGAGUCUGUCCGAGCUGGUUGAGGACCAGUGCGAGGCAGGGGGCAAGCGGAUUGUUAGGGUAACGGAUGGUAGUAACCCGUUUAUUGCCAUUCCACUCCUGCUCAAUGCUACCACAUACAAACACGGAGUCCUCACCCGUAAGAGCCAUGCGGAUAUGGACGGUAAACGCACCCCGAGAGGACGGCGAGGCUGGAAGAAAUUCUAUGCAGUGCUGAAGGGCAUGAUCCUCUACCUGCAAAAAGAUGAGUAUAAGCCUGAUAAGGACCUGUCUGAAGUGGAUUUGAAAAACGCAGUGCGUGUGCACCAUGCUUUGGCCACCAGGGCCUGUGACUACAGCAAAAGACCCAACGUUCUCAAGCUCAAAACGUCUGACUGGAGAGUCUUCCUCUUCCAAGCACCGAGUGAGGAGGAGAUGAUAUCAUGGAUCUUCAGGAUCAAUUUGGUGGCUGCUCUGUUCUCUGCGCCUGCAUUUCCUGCAGCCAUAGGUUCCAUGAAAAAAUUCUGCAGACCUCUGCUGCCAUCAUCUACAACACGGCUUAAUCAGGAGGAGCAAUUGAAGUGUCAUGAGAGCAAGCUAAAGCAGAUCUCCUUAGAGAUAGAAGAGAACAAAAGGAAUCCGCCCGAGCUCACGCCCAAAAGCAAAGAAUUAGAGGAGUACCGCAUCAAAGAACACUACCUUACCUACGAGAAAAGCCGUUACGAGACCUACGUGAACCUGCUGCAGGCCAAGUUGCGUGUAGGGAGUGACGACCUGGAUAAAAUCGAGGCCAGUGUGUUCAGCGGAGACAGCAGAGACAGCCAUAUGCGCAAAACCCAGUCCAGUCCUUCCAUCAGCCAUGCUCACGGACUCAACGGACGAGCCGCUCACAAACACACCUCGGACAGCUCUAACUGAAAAAUUAUCGCAGGGUCCCUGAACUUUGAGCUCUGUCUGAGGCACAUUUGAGACGGCAGAGGACGAUGGUCUGACGGUUCGGAAAACGCAAAACAAGACACAUGAACGUAGCAGUAAAAACGUCUUUUAUUUCAAUGCACAGUAAAUUAGGAUUAUUGUAAGUAUCAUAAGUAUUACCAUGACAACGUUUUUUUUAUUACCGAGGUAAACGUCGUGCCAAAAAAAGGAAAUUCAGAAGUGAAAGGAGACCAAGACUGUAUUCGCGAAGCGUGUUUACAUCGCAUGACUGCGGUCGAGUUUGACAGCACAUGGCAGUUUCCUGUGAUUGUCGAUUAGAUGCACUAUGAUCACGAGGCUGAUUUUACUGUGAUGUCUGGAGAAUUUAGACUCGAGUGUCACAGGGCACCUUUCCUGAUGUCAGUAUAAAAAAAAAAAAAACAUGACAUCAUCAUUAUGAGUUUCUGCAGUGUAUUCUUUACAAGGUGGAGAUAUAAAGUGAUGGCGCGAUGCCGCAUUUCGAUGAUGAAGCCAUAACACAUUUAUGGUGACAUCUCAGUGUUUGACUAGUCCAUAUGUACAAUUGGCUUCUUGACAGAAUUUGUUUUUUUUUUACAUGUAGCAUUUGGCUUAUCCACGAGGCCUUUUUCGAUGUCUCAGCCUCAAUAGCUGUUUUAAGGGCUCUGUCUCAUGCUGAGGUAUUUGUUCAGACUCAUAUGAGCUGUCUACAGUAUGAUGCAAUGUCCCCAUUAUUUAUUGUCAUAUUUAUUUAUUGUAAUUGUUUCCUUUCUGAGCCGUCACUAUGGACUCAGGCACUUGUAAUGUUGAAAGCAAUUUAUCUUAGUUCAUUCUAUAUAUAAUCUCAGUUCAUUUUUCUUUUCGUUUUUUUUAUAGAGCUACCUGCUUUGGGUGGUAGGGAACCUAAGAUGUGGUUCUUGUUCACAGUAUGAUAAAAGAAGACAGGGUAUCUGAUUGAAAACAUGAACAGAAAGCAUUGGAAUGUGUGUAUGUAUGUAUGUAUGUUUGUAUGUAUGUUUGUAUGUAUGUGCAAGUGUAUGCGUUUGCGUGCAACAGUAAGAAAAGACAUAAAAAGAAAAUAUAAUGAAAGGGAAAUCCAAGGAAAACACCAGUGUUUAAUCUUAUCUCUGUUUAAUGCAUCUGAGGCAUAUAUGUACACUUACCACAAGCAUGUGUUUCAGUAUAUUAUACCGUAUCAAGGCUCAGUGGUGAAGUCUUUGGUCUACUGAUCAGAAGAUUGGGAGUUCAAAUCUUUACAUGGCAUCACAACAGCAACAAUGAUGUUAAUUAAAUCAUUAUUUUCCGGCAAUUUCCAGUGACAGGAGGCGAAGCAAGCAUUAAAGAAGCUAAAUUAAUAGCCGAGCGAAGUAAAUGAAAAGCGAUGCUAUUUGGUGUUUCUAUUUCAGCACAUCAAACCAUUUAAAGCUGUCAAAUAGUCGAAAGAAAUCAUGAAGCGCAGAACAUUUUGGUAUCGUUCUGACACUCGCAAACAGCGAUGCACUGCACAAGAGUUUACUCUGAAGCAUUUCCCUCCAUUAUUCAUUUUUAGUAGAAAGAUGUCUGAUUUGUGUUCCAAUGGGAGGAUUUUGUGUACAUGCCGUAGCUAGCUUGCACGCUUUACUCUGGAUCUUCCACAGAAAUUUAUUGUAAUCAGCAGUAAAAUUUAAACAUCACAAAGAAGAUUUAAAUAACAAAAAGUUCACAUGUAAGUGACUGGUGUGUGAUGCAAAAUUGCUGGCAGAUAAAAAGGACACCAGCGAGUCUUUCUAACUAAAAAUAUAUUUUAUCUAAAUGGCUAUAAUAGUUUCAGUCAUAGGUGCUUUUCCAGUCAGGUUUUGUGGUAUUCCUUUGCUCUGACAAUGCUGGGAACCUCACAUACUCCUUAGAAGAAGCUGCAAAAUACUUCCUGAACAAACAUUCAAGCAGCUUCUUCUGGGUUUAUGUACACAGAUUAAAAACAGCUCAGCAGUGCAGUGAAAUUGCGUGAUCACCUCUCCAGAAAUGACUAACCUGGGAAAUCCUUCGAUAGUCUGUAAUUACAGACUAUCAAUUACAUUGAAUAUGGAACAGGUUUGUGAGGGUGGAGCCAGUGAUCAAUAGGCCACACGGGCCGAUUGUGUGUAGGUAUUCCCAGACUGUAGAGUACCAAGCAUGGGAGGAACCUUAUUGCAAUACUGAAUAUUGUAAAACAAUAAGACAAGCUAUCAAAAGCUCUGGCCUUCUAUUUUUUUAAUUAAAAACAAAAGCUGACAUGUAAAUUCCAUUUUUAAGCUUGUAUUAUGAGAGGUCCAAUUAAACUACAACUUAUAGGACAAACACCACUACUUAUUGCUUCUUAAAAUCAACACUGGAAUAUAAUAUACUAUAUGGACAAACAUUUGUAGACACCUGCCCAUAAUAUUAUGUGUUUUUUUGCACAUAGACCCAUUCCACAUUUAGUUCCCAUUUGCUGCUAUACAAUUUUCCAGUCUUCUGGGAAGUUUUUCUAGCUCUAGAUUUUGCAGUGUGGUUAUAAAGAGUUUUGAGCUCAUUCAAUCACCCGGGUGAUAUUAAAGUCAGUCAGUGCACUGAUUCUUUCCAAAAGUGUUUAAUAGGGUUGAUUUCAGAGUUUUAUAGCAGGCCACUCAAGAGUUUCCACUCCAACUCGUGUAAAUCAUAUCUUCAAACUCAUUUUCUGUGCACAGGGACAUUGUAAUGCUGGAACAGGUUUAAUGUUUAAAAUGUAUUGCUCAAAGACAUCCUUUACAAUCGUGUGCCUGCUAGUUGUCGCAACAGUUUAGAGAAGAACCACAUAUGGGCUAGAAAAGUCGGGUGUUCCAAUACUUUUGCGAAGCAUAUACUUUAAAUAUGGUUGUAAUUUCCUUAUUAUAUAUUAACAAUUUUAACAUAUAAAUUGAUCUACAAUUGGAAGGAUCUUUAUUCCCAUUUCCCUUCACCAAUGAAUUGAACAGUUAAUUUAUGAAUACUGACCCUAGUAGUCAUGAAAAAUGUUCUACGAAAUGUCCAAAAAACAUUUUUUAUCUUCUUUUGAAAAAUCUUUUUUUUUUUUUUUUUUUUUCCUUGUAAAUAUUUAGUCUAUGGUACUGAUAUAUGCUACCAUAUGUGCUAGACAGAGAUAAAGAAAAAAAACCCUGGUGUUUUCCUUGUAGUGCUGAGUCAAAGUACAACAGUGAAGAUGAUUUCUACAUAUGCUUAAAAGUGACACGGGAGUCACGGAAGUAAAUUCUUCUCACAGCGGACCAAAUGGAGCCUUCCCAAUGGACAUGACUAAAGCCUGAAGCAGCAGGACUGCAAAUUCAGACCAAGAUAUCUACUCAUAUCUACAUCACGCACUGUAGCUUAAUGGACUAAUUGACAAAAUAUCUGUUCAAAUGCAUUAUUAUUCUGUAAAUCUGUACCGUGAACAUGGGAUCAGCGUUACGUUUUGCAGAAGAGGACUGCUAAUGGCACCAUGUCUACGCUUAGUUCUUUCAGCAGCAGCAGCAGCAGCACAGUCAACCCCUUCGGUGUAUGUCCACCCAUGCCCAUGGUACGGACUUUGUGUGUUCGAGCAAGUGCAAGUAGAUUUAUCUAGUGGCAGUUUUGACGCAUGAUGACAGUAAGAGUGAGAAUAUUGAGCUUGUGGCUCUUGCACUGCUAUAUAUGAAAUAACAAAGAGCUGCAAUUUUAUACAUACUUUAGUAACUGCUUUCAUAAACUGACUUCCCUAUACUUGUCGCUUUGGCUGUUGUGCUAACUAUGAUUUUCCCCAAUGUUUAGGGUAGAACAAAAAUGCUGUUGUAAUAAAAAAAAAAAAGAGUU